AUGAGCUCGAGGGCGAUAGGGAGUAUGAGGUUGAGGUUAAGCAGCUUGGCGCGGAUGGUGGUGCAGAGGCAGACGGCGGCGUCGAGCCCCGCCAGGCCUUGGAUCAGCGGGCAGCACUUCUCCUUCACCUCCCUCCCAAUUAUCACGUGCACCAGGCCGCUCAGCAGGUCCACGCACGCCCCCAGCUUCAGGGCGUCGAUUGGGCACUGCCCCACCGCCGGCGACGGCGGCGGGGACGGCCCUACAGGCGGCGCAGGGGGGGCAACUGGUGCAACCGGAGGCGAUGGAGCGGGGUACGGCGGCGGCGGCGGGGGCGGCGCGGGCGGCGGCGGAAUCUGGGGCGGUGCCGACGGCGGACGCGGGGGCUUGACUGGCGGGCGCGGCGGCUUGACUGGUGGCUUGUGGGGGGGCUUCGCGUGGGGGGGUUUGAUCUUGGGGGGAUGUUUGGGGGGGUGACAUGGCGGGCCGCAGGCGAGGCUCAUCAAGAGAUUGGAAAGGAGAAGGAUGGCUACCACAUGUUUCCCCAUGGCGAGAUCAACAAGGCACUCCUGCGAUGACCAACAGAGAGAACAUCAAGAGAGAGAGAGAGAGAGAGAGAGGGAGAGAGAGAUGAAGGGGAAGGGGAGAGUAUUAGUGAAUAGAGGGGGCUGAGUAUACAUUUAUAAGGCCGGGCAUGCAUGUAGUCGUCCGCUUUGUUUCCCUACUGGGCUUACAGCACACUAAAUGAGAGUCUUGUCCCCUCUCUCUCUCUACAGUUGUGCUCUGGCAACCUUACUGAGACUCUAGCGACGGACGCCACACGAAGGACGCACCCAGCUCUGGUCUACGUGAGAGAAAUGAGACAGGUUGGGUUUGGAUUCCAAGAAGUUUUGUCCGUGAAGACAGUCUGCUCACUGAGUGCAACCCGUGA